GGGUGCGGACUUUUCGGUUUUCCUUGGGAUUUGUGGCUCAAGGGCAGAGCCCUUGCCUAGCACCCGGAGGUUUUGGAUUUGGUCCCCAACCGGAAAUAAACAGUUAAAGAAGGGCACAGUAGGUAAUCCCAGCUCUGGAAAGGGGGAGAUAGGGAGCCAUACAUAGACAGAAGAGAAUGUCUGGAAGCUUCUACUUUGUAAUUGUUGGCCACCAUGAUAAUCCGGUUUUUGAAAUGGAAUUUUUGCCAGCUGGGAAAGCAGAAUCCAAAGAUGAGCACCGGCAUCUGAACCAGUUCAUAGCUCAUGCUGCUCUGGACCUCGUCGACGAAAACAUGUGGCUCUCCAACAACAUGUACUUAAAAACUGUGGACAAAUUCAACGAGUGGUUCGUCUCAGCGUUCGUCACCGCUGGGCACAUGCGGUUCCUCAUGCUUCAUGACGUGAGGCACGAGGAUGGGAUCAAGAACUUCUUCACUGAUGUCUACGACUUAUACAUCAAGUUUGCCAUGAAUCCCUUUUAUGAACCCAAUUCUCCUAUUCGAUCGAGUGCAUUUGAAAGAAAAGUUCAGUUUCUUGGGAAGAAACAUCUUUUAAGCUAAAUGCAAAAAACUUCAGAAUCACAGUGGGGUAUGCUCAUGAGUGUAUGUAUUGUAAAUUACUUGAUAAAGUAGCCUAGCAAACUAUGUCUCAGCUCACCUGUAUAUCAUAAAAUUUCUCUUAUAUUUAAAAAUCCCAUCUUUUAAUGUUACCACUAUUAGUAGUUACCUAUGAACAAUAAAUUUAAUAUUUUAUUUCAAAAUCAAUAAGCCUGUAACUUUUUGAUUGAGAUAAUUUAAAAAAAAUCUUAGGGGCUGGUGAGAUGGCUCAGUGGGUAAGAGCACCUGAUUGCUCUUCCGAA